AUUAUUAGCUUGUGAUAAGCCAAAGGGAAGGUUAAAAACAAAGGCAUCCUAAAAAAUGGCAACGGUUGUCGAUAUAAAUAGCGAUGAAGGAAAGGUUCGAUUGCAAAAUGCUAAGAGUAAUAAGUCGUUUCACGAAUGGAUUCAAGUCGUUUUUUCAAAGCAAAAAUUUCACUCUGGUUGUGGAUUAAGAACUACUGCAAUCCUCUUAACAGCAGCCGAAUAUGCCAGAUCAAAUCCAACGCAAAAAUUUAUCCCGGAGUGUCAGCAGCCUUUCACUGAAAAAGGAUUGAUGGAUUCAGAGAAUUUUAAAGCAAUUAGUUCAUUUGAAAAAUUAGAUAAAGUUGGAACAACACUAGAUGAAGUCUGUCGUUUAAUGAAGUCCUAUAACUAUAAUAUUAAGAGUUUCAAAGCGUCAGAGACGUCUCUUAAAGAUUUUCGUGCCUUAUUAGCCGAGGUUUGCAAGAGCCAAAAUUCUCUUAUGGGUGUUAAUUAUUGCCUGAAAACCUUACAAUUUAAACUACCGUAUGGUCAUCACAGCCCAAUAGCCGCAUACGAUGACAAAACUGAUUCGGUAUUAAUUAUGGAUACUUGGCCUGAUCACGGGGAAUAUUGGGUUGACACAUCUUUGCUUUGGGAGUCAAUGGAUACGUUAGACAUUGAUAGUAAUGAACGUAGGGGUUUUUAUGUGCUAUACAAUGAUAUCUAA